UGUGCUGCUGCCAUGUUCUUGUUAUGUUGUGUUGUCUUAGGUCUCUCUUUAUGUUGUGUUGUCUUAGGUCUCUCUUUAUGUAGUGUUGUCUUAGGUCUCUCUUUAUGUAGUGUUGUCUUAGGUCUCUCUUUAUGUUGUGGUGUCUUAGGUCUCUCUUUAUGUUGUGUUGUCUUAGGUCUCUCUUUAUGUUGUGUUGUCUUAGGUCUCUCUUUAUGUAGUGUUGUCUUAGGUCUCUCUUUAUGUUGUGUUGUCUUAGGUCUCUCUUUAUGUAGUGUUGUCUUAGGUCUCUCUUUAUGUAGUGUUGUCUUAGGUCUCUCUUUAUGUUGUGUUGUCUUAGGUCUCUCUUUAUGUUGUGUUGUCUUAGGUCUCUCUUUAUGUAGUGUUGUCUUAGGUCUCUCUUUAUGUAGUGUUGUCUUAGGUCUCUCUUUAUGUUGUGUUGUCUUAGGUCUCUCUUUAUGUUGUGUUGUCUUAGGUCUCUCUUUAUGUAGUGUUGUCUUAGGUCUCUCUUUAUGUAGUGUUGUCUUAGGUCUCUCUUUAUGUUGUGUUGUCUUAGGUCUCUCUUUAUGUUGUGUUGUCUUAGGUCUCUCUUUAUGUAGUGUUGUCUUAGGUCUCUCUUUAUGUAGUGUUGUCUUAGGUCUCUCUUUAUGUUGUGUUGUCUUAGGUCUCUCUUUAUGUAGUGUUGUCUUAGGUCUCUCUUUAUGUAGUGUUGUCUUAGGUCUCUCUUUAUGUAGUGUUGUCUUAGGUCUCUCUUUAUGUUGUGUUGUCUUAGGUCUCUCUUUAUGUUGUGUUGUCUUAGGUCUCUCUUUAUGUUGUGUUGUCUUAGGUCUCUCUUUAUGUUGUGUUGUCUUAGGUCUCUCUUUAUGUUGUGUUGUCUUAGGUCUCUCUUUAUGUAGUGUUGUCUUAGGUCUCUCUUUAUGUAGUGUUGUCUUAGGUCUCUCUUUAUGUUGUGUUGUCUUAGGUCUCUCUUUAUGUUGUGUUGUCUUAGGUCUCUCUUUAUGUAGUGUUGUCUUAGGUCUCUCUUUAUGUAGUGUUGUCUUAGGUCUCUCUUUAUGUAGUGUUGUCUUAGGUCUCUCUUUAUGUAGUGUUGUCUUAGGUCUCUCUUUAUGUUGUGUUGUCUUAGGUCUCUCUUUAUGUUGUGUUGUCUUAGGUCUCUCUUUAUGUAGUGUUGUCUUAGGUCUCUCUUUAUGUUGUGUUGUCUUAGGUCUCUCUUUAUGUAGUGUUGUCUUAGGUCUCUCUUUAUGUAGUGUUGUCUUAGGUCUCUCUUUAUGUAGUGUUGUCUUAGGUCUCUCUUUAUGUAGUGUUGUCUUAGGUCUCUCUUUAUGUAGUGUUGUCUUAGGUCUCUCUUUAUGUUGUGUUGUCUUAGGUCUCUCUUUAUGUUGUGUUGUCUUAGGUCUCUCUUUAUGUAGUGUUGUCUUAGGUCUCUCUUUAUGUAGUGUUGUCUUAGGUCUCUCUUUAUGUAGUGUUGUCUUAGGUCUCUCUUUAUGUAGUGUUGUCUUAGGUCUCUCUUUAUGUUGUGUUGUCUUAGGUCUCUCUUUAUGUUGUGUUGUCUUAGGUCUCUCUUUAUGUAGUGUUGUCUUAGGUCUCUCUUUAUGUAGUGUUGUCUUAGGUCUCUCUUUAUGUAGUGUUGUCUUAGGUCUCUCUUUAUGUAGUGUUGUCAUAGGUCUCUCUUUAUGUAGUGUUGUCUUAGGUCUCUCUUUAUGUAGUGUUGCUGCCUUGCUAUGUUUUUGUCUUAGGUCUCUCUUUAUGUUGUGUUGUCUUAGGUCUCUCUUUAUGUUGUGUUGUCUUAGGUCUCUCUUUAUGUUGUGUUGUCUUAGGUCUCUCUUUAUGUUGUGUUGUCUUAGGUCUCUCUUUAUGUUGUGUUGUCUUAGGUCUCUCUUUAUGUUGUGUUGUCUUAGGUCUCUCUUUAUGUAGUGUUGUCUUAGGUCUCUCUUUAUG